AACCAAACUUUCCAUCAUGAAAUGAUAACAGCUCUCAGUUAAUCUGUUAACAGUGUGUGCUGACACACAUUAAAUGUUGUUUUAUUUUUUUGGCUACUAAACAGCUAAAAUGUCUCAUAGAUCGGGUAAUAAGGAGCUCCAGUUUAUCAGCAGUUUUGGUAUGCUGGUGGAUGUUUCAGAGUCUCCAUCUGAUGAAAACCUAGAAAACCUUUGCAACAGGGAAUCAUCACGUCAUAGCCAUGGAAGUCAUAGGACAACACACAGCCAAGGGCGCCAAAGGUCAACACACAGUUAUGAGCGCCAAAGGCCGUCCUUUGUACGUGGAUCUUCUUUUUACACCCCUCACAUGGAGGACACAUUGAGAAGAAAACUGAAAUUUCACUUUAUGACACCAUGUCAAAAGUGGACCACUAAGAGAAGGUUUCCAUGGAAAAUGAUUAUACAGCUUCUUAAAAUAGUACUAGUCACUGGACAGUUGGUGUGGUUUGGGUAUGACCGCUCUUCCCAUGUUAACUUUUUGAUCAAGUCAACUGUGUCAUUCAAGCACCUGUUUCUACAAGGCUGGGAUCCUGCCUAUGAAACUCUGCCCUAUCCUGCUCCUCUGGGGAUUUUUGCUGUCUACACCAUUGAUGACUUUUAUCUGAAACUAAAUCAUGCAUGGAAAAUGUAUAAUGAAGUAUGGCCAAACUCCAUAGGGUCGUUCACACCCAAUGCUAAGAACCACACAUUUCCUCCCAUGUAUUUGUGUAAGACAUUCUUUAGAGAUGGCUGGGUAAAUCCUAGGAAUGGAUCCUACAGCUUUCAUAAGAAGCCAGUAGAAGAAUGUAUAGCUUUAACAAAGAGUGACUGUGAAUUCUGGAACAACACAACCAACUCCACAGAAUAUUCCUAUGAUAUAAAAGUAUACUUGCAAAAAAUAAACAAGACAAUUGAUUUCGAUAGUUUGGUCAAAAUGGAGUUCAAGUUUUCUGUGAGAAGUGUUCAUCUGAAAAAUUUUGAUCUUGGAAGAAAUGAAGCAGAGUGCUUUGAUUUCAACAUAACUAUUUUGCUAGACAACAGUGCCUACAGUGGACAGAUGCCUGUCACUCUGGAUGCUGAUGCAAAUCCAUUUACAUGUGAUGAAGAAGAUGAAAUAAACGAUACAGAGGAUGAUAUUAGUUUGACAUUCAUUGUGUAUGACAUUAUAGUCAUUAUAUUCUCUGUGACUUCCACAAUAUUAUGCUCUCGGUCACUCUACAGGGCACAAAGGUUGCGUUCAGAUACUGUCAUGUUUUUCAAAAAGCAGCGUGGCAUAGAAAUGACUCUAGAUGACAGGAUGCAGUUUCUGAACCUGUGGUUUAUAAUGAUCAUCAUCAAUGACAUCAUUACAGUUAUAGGAUCCAUUUUCAAAAUAGUACUGGCAUUAAUUACUGUGGACCUGUAUGAAAUGUGUGGCCUCACUCUGGGCACAGGAAGUCUCCUGGUCUGGUUUGGGGUUCUGAGAUACCUCAAUUUCUUUGAAAAAUAUAAUAUUCUGAUCAUAACUAUGAAGAGGUCUUUCCCAGAUGUGCUGCGGUACCUGAUAUGUGCUCUCAUAAUUUAUGCUGGGUUCACAUUUUGUGGUUGGGUGGUACUGGGACCUUAUCACGUCAAGUUUCGUACCAUAAGUGCAGCUUCAGAGUGUCUGUUUUCCCUGGUCAAUGGUGAUGACAUGUUUGUCACCUUCUCUGUCAUCACUGGUAAUGACAAUGUCUACAUCUGGUACUACAGCCGUGCAUUCCUCUACAUCUUCAUCAGUGUCUUCAUCUACAUCAUCCUCAGUCUGUUCAUUGCUGUCAUCACCAAUGUUUAUGAUAUAGUUAAACAUUACUACCAGCAUGGAGGUUUUCCAGAGACUGAUCUUUCUAAGUUUAUAAAUGAGACAGACGAGGAUCACACCUCCCCUCAGUUCAGAAUAGAAGACAAUGGUGGCUGUGAUCUGUCUCGGCUGUUUAAAUGUUGUUGUAGAAGACAAAAUCCAGAUGAUCCAGAUGAGUAUAGCAGUUUAGUGAAAAGUCGCACAACAAAUUGAACUUGUAUUUGGUCUGAAAAGAUGUGUUGCUGCCUGAAUCAGUAUUGCUUGUGCUAGUCUGGCUAGUCAACCAAAGAUGGACAGACGUACAUUUCUUUGUCUUGGUCAUUCACAAAAAGGUCCAUCCAGCAGAAACAAAGAAACUCUGUGGGCACUUUCACUGAAUGCAAACAGAUAAACUGAAUGACACGCCUCCUCUUGUUUCCAACUUACUAGUGAGUUUCCAUGGAGUUAGAUCAAUCUGCAUAGAAUGAAAAGCACUCAGAGAGUGCAGACCUUCGCCAAGGCAGCAAAGUCUCCAUCCAAUGCUGUUUCACCCCUAAAUU